UCCUUUUGGAAACCUCUAAGUGUGACAUAUUUGUAGCGCAGAUGAUUUUGUUUCGUAAAUAAUUUCGUUCGUAUCCAAGAUGUGAUGUUGUCAUUGACAGAAAAUACAUCCUACACUGAACUGAAUGUUUUACGUUCUACGUUUUGUUGCAUGAUGGGAACAAAUAUCAAAUAUGGUCGUCGCUAUGGAGUGAAUCCAAAACACCAUAUCCAAAAGAAGAUUUCUGUUUAUUAGCUUAAACGGCUCUAAAUCUUCGUUCAAAUGUUCGUAUGAAACUUGUUUUAAGGAAAUUAAAACUAAAACAGUUAUCCAUAGCAAUAGUAAAAAAUGGAAUAUUUAGGAUUAUUAUGUAUUUUAAUGGUUUUGACAACUGUACCCAUUGUUACAUAUGCUGGUAAUAGUCGACAUUUUGUAACUGAGAAUUGUGGACAUGUUGUUGGACCAGACUAUGGAGCCUAUUUAGAAUUUGACAGGGCUGCAACAUUCAAAAAAGGAGUCGUUGGUAUUCCAUAUGCUCUUAAAGGUCAAGAAUUUGAAUGUAUCAUUGUUGUAAGGGGUAUGCCAUCGACAGGUGAAAAACGAUUCAUGGCUAUACACUUUCGCCAAUUCCACUUGAAAGAACAAGCAGUAGUGAGACCCGAGAACGAGGUUGCAAAGUGUGGGAAAGCGUAUAUGAUAAUUUACAAUGGGAUGGAUAGAAAUGCAGCUGAAAAAUAUGUCUUCUGUGGUAAAGAUGCAGUCAUUCAAAACUUAGAAUGGAAAGGAGAAUAUAUGACAUUUUAUUUCUAUAUUGACUAUCGUAAUCCCGAUUUUUCUACGGUGGAUCCUCUUGUAUCACUGCCGCCAGCUACCGGUAAUACGACAUUGUCUCCCCCUACAACAACACCAGAUCCGUUUCCUUAUCCUACAGUCUUUUUUAAGAUGGAUAUUACAUCAUAUGAUUUCGAAUGUAACGAGACCAUCGACAAAGUAUCUUUAAAAUGUAACGACAGUAAAAGAUGUUUAGACGAUUCCCUGAAAUGUGACUUUUGGUUUUCCCGGAAUUGUGCGUCGGAUGUUUACCCACGUGACAACACCGACGUGAGCAGACAAGCACCUGCAAACUGUUUUAGAAAGCCAACAACGACAACAACGACUACAACCCUCGCCCCUCCGCCUUUCAGACCUGAUUUAACUCCAUUGUAUGCUGCUGUAGGUGGAGUGUUAGGUGUAGCACUACUAUUGUGGUGUUGUUGGAAACCCGCUUAUCUCCCUUGGCGUCUUGGAAGAUGUCGAAACUAUCCUUGUUGGGUCAAAUGUGGAAAUCUAUGUCCUUGUCUCAAAUGUCGAGCAUGCUUUCCUGGACCAUCAACUAUGAGCCCAACAGGUGCUGCUUCUUGGAAAGCUGCGAGGUUACAACGAGGCUCUCUUAUUUCACAAGACAUGUCCGAGUUCUCUCCACUUGGUCUACCGGGUCCGUAUUCAGUUUCUGGAUAUCCAGAUAGUCUGCAUGGAUCUCCUCGGAAGUCCAUUAAGUCUGGGCAAGUUGCACCCUUCCCGAAUGGCAGAGGUAGUAUUCCGAAUGGAGUACCAACAACUCCGGGUUCAUUUGAACAACGAUUGGCACAACCGUUUGAUUUCUAUCCGAGGACUUACGCAAAGAAUGUCUCAAAUGCACCUCCAAAUCCUCAAGUUGAUUUAGAUUCAAUGAAUCUUGCGAAUAAUUGGAUGAGACUGUUGUCGGCUGAUGGAUCACAUUUACGUGAACAACGAUAAACAAUAAUCAAAUAUUUUGAUAGCAAAACCAUUACUAGAAAGGAAGGUUACAAUACUACUUCAAUAUUUGUAUGACUUGAUUUAAUUUCAAAUGGAAUAUGUGAUUAAUGGGAACAGACAAUUAUGUAUCCAAAUUAGCAUUUGAAUUUUCCACUCAACUUGUUUUAAACUGGGUGCUUUAGCUUGAAUUAUAUUGAUAUCCUGUUCGUUUAAAAAAUAGUUCUGAUGUGUAGUGCAUGUAGUAUUUGUAUUGUUAGUAAGAAUAAUGUAUAUGUUUAUACGUACAUGUAUGUGAGUUAGGGGCAUGAUAAAUGAAUGAUUUACGUGUGUGAAUGAAAGUAUGUGUGCGGAAUACACAUUGAUACAAGACAAUAACGAUCGUAUUGGGUUUUUUGCGAAAGAUUUUAUAUUUUUAUUUUGAAUACACGUAAUAUAUCCUGACUUUAUAUUAUGUAUAAUACUGUAUAUAUCUUAUAUGAUAUCAUUUAUUCUCUCUCAGGAAAAGUUGAUACGACAAGUG